GGCAUCCUAGUCUGGAACGAAAACAGGAGAAAAUGGUCGCAGAGCGCGGUCGUGGAAAGGUAAUGAUCCCUCGGGUGAUUUAUAUUGAUCUUCUAUAGUACUCUCGCUGCUACUCACUGGCACAGACCAACAAGGAGGCAGAGACGAGCUUUGGAGAUCUAGACAUCCACCAUCUCAAUCUCGGAGCCAGUUUACUCACCCUGGUGACACAGCUUUGGACGACUCCUUGACAUUUUGGGUACUGUAAGCCCUUCCUGUAUUGGGCAUUGGUCUCUGUUCGAUCUGGAUGUUAACUGUUGCACUGACCUGUGAUUUGCAUCGAUUCCUAUUGAACUCAUUACCCCGGGGUUAUAUUUACUGGUGUAUAUCUCGUGUCGCACAGGUGUACGUGUACAUUAUGAACGAGGUCCUUGCGAAGACUGCGGGGAAUUUGAUAUAACCUGUGUUAGAACAUGACAUAUAUUGUGUGUGAUUUGCUCCAGUUUGCGUUGUUGUCAGCACCCCAGGUGACAUUUGUUUGACACUGUUGUGACAUUUGAUGGACGUAUCGUGUAUUGUUGAUAGUCGUGUAGUUGUCGUAGUACUGUGAAUGCCGUAUGACCCACUGACCACGAGGACGUCACCAACAGAAGUCCCCACCCCCCUGCUACAAGAUCGUAAAGAUAUCGAGAAAAAGGAGCUUCAAAUCAGCAUUAACAGGAAUGCCCUUAACCAGUGUUGCCCACUAAUCUACUAUCUUGAGCGGAAGUGACGUCACAGCCACCAUGUCUCUUAUUACGUCAUCCAGCGGAUACGUGGCAAGUCGUUUUGGGGGUGACAGCACCACCCAACAAGCCCCCCGUUAUGAGAGCGUCUCUCCCUACUACCCCCUGAUGGACCCCGAGGACAAUCAGCAGGUAAUGCGUCUCACCUGGCUGAUGGUCCUGUUCAUCAUCCUGUACUGUAUCAUCUUCCUCCUGGGCAUCACCGGCAACUCCCUCGUGGUGUACGUGGUGCUCAGAAACAAGGCCAUGCAGACAAUCACCAACAUCUUCAUCACCAAUCUGGCCGUAUCUGACAUUUUGAUCGCCCUUCUAGCUGUACCGUUCACUCCCAUAUCGUAUUUCCUGGAUUCAUGGGUGUUCGGGGAGGGGCUCUGUCACAUCGUUCCCAUGAUCCUCUGCAUCAGCGUUUACGUCUCGACCUUGACCUCCACCGCCAUUGCCGUUGACCGGUAUUUCGUGAUUGUGUACCCCUUCAAACCGCGUAUGAAGAUCUACAUGUGUCUCCUGAUGAUAAUCGCUAUAUGGAUCAUAUCCGUGUCUAUUUCUUUACCGCUUGGAAUAUACCACGAAGUUGAGGUGACCAAUAAGACGGACAGCUACGCAUGCUCCGAGAAAUGGCCGAGAGUUCAAGCCCGACAGUUUUUCACUGUAACCAGUCUUGUCUUACAGUACAUAGUGCCUUGCAGUAUCAUCACCUUCUGCUACACGAUGGUGUCCCUGGCCUUGAAGAAAAGGACGAAGGUCAAGAUUGGCAGCGGGUCAAGGACGCGGGAGCGGGAUGAACUGGAAAUUAAACGGAAAAAGCGCACCAACAGAAUGUUGAUUGCCAUGGUUACGAUAUUUGUGUGUUGCUGGAUGCCCUUGAACGUAGUCCAUCUAGUCCGGGAGUAUGAAACUACCAUUGCUGUGUGGUACUAUUUCACUUUGAUAUUCUUCAUUGCCCAUGUCAUCGCAAUGAGCUCAACGAUAUAUAACCCUUUCCUGUAUGCCUGGAUGAAUGAUAACUUUAAGAAAGAGUUCAAACUGGUAGUACCAUGCCUCUUUUUUACUUCACGUCAAAACAGUACUUCGAACAGCUAUACGCAAUACACCAACGUGGAGACACAGCCAUCAGUUAUUAUCAACCGUUCUCCAGUGAGAAAUGGCAAUGACAAUUGCGCAAAGGAAACCAAAGCGGUUUACGAUGCAGACUCGGAAAAAGUCCACCUAAACAUUGCGGAGGAGGACAAUAGAGUUGAUGACACGUGAUCUGGGAACUACUUCAAUGAAUGACGCAAUGGCUCAGAUUGAACGUUACCUUUGAAUUGAACUGACGACUGUGAUUGGACAUGAGGGACGUCUGAUGGCUACCAUUGAACGCUUAGAUCUACGAUUUGACAAGUUUGUGAAUUCGCAGUCAUGGGUAAAAAACAUAUUAGGUUCGUGAAAACAAGAUGUAUAUAUACCAAAGACCUACAUUUCAAACUUCAUUGAUAAUCGUUUUCACUGACAUGUUAAGUGAAUGGUGGACAUGUCAAUCAUUACGAAACUGGUGACUCAGGGAAGUUAACAGGACUGAGAACGUCACCUUGCACGUUUCCGCGUCAAACAGCCUUAAGAUGGCUGAAUCAAAACAGACUGCAUUGCGCCUUUAAGGCCAAGUGUUUGAACAAUGUUGACAGCUGCUCAAUUCAUGUACGUAAGCCCAGCAUAGCGUUCUGUUCCUCAAAUAAACUGUGAUCACAUGGACGCCUGAUCAUGGAUUUGACGACCGAGAAUUAACAAUAUUGUGCAAAACAUGUUGAUUGUUUUGAGCUGGGAAUAUCGCUUCUACUUCGGGAUUAAUUAAGCCAGAGAUAUGUAAAGCAUAUACAGUGACCUGCUGUUGACCCCUUGGAGGGUGAUGAUGCAUUAGUGUCUAUAGAUUGUGUGUACCGAUGUGACGUGUGCUAAUAAAUAAAAGUGAUCUAACAUGACAACGUGAACCCUCAAUAGAAAUUAGCCUGUGUUGCUGGCAAACACACAAGCAUGUCGAAAUGUCGAUAUUUUGUUCAUAAUCUUCACACUGUUUAAAUACUUUCAGGACGCUCCCGGCGUAGCUUAAGAUGUUUUAUAAUGAAAACAGCAUGCCACUGUUUAAGACUAUAAAGUAAUCAAUAUUGAAAAAUGUUUUGUACAAUGGACUAGAAACCUGAAAUUUCGAACAAUGUCUUGUCUGUUUUUAACAAAAGUAUUCUAUCGAAUGCCAUAGUACUAAGUCAUAAGAGCCACACAGUUGAUAGCCGAGUUAUCUCUCUUUGUACGUGUUCUUGUACUGACCCCUAAUAAGAACACGAAAGGGGAGGUAACUCCCGUUGGUUUUUCUAUUUUGGUUUCACGUUGAAAUUCUGCUUCCCGUUUUCGCAGUAACAUGAUGUCGUUGUGGAACCAUGAAGUCCUGUAUUACAUGAACCGUAUUACAGUUAUAAGUAUCUGGUGUAGUCUUAUUUAUGAUAUAGUUUUGUGACGCAGUUUCGGGUACAUAUCCCUUGGGUAUAACUGUUCCUGUCAUUAUUCACCAUUAUUGGCAUACAUUGUUUUAAUGUUUAGUGAUUUUCUCUAGUUUUUGAAACAACAUAAAUCGAGAACAAUAUCACGAUGAAUCUGAUCAGGUUUUUUUGGGAUGAUUUUGUUUGGCAUCAAUUAUUAGAUUUGAUUUAACAAUGGGCAGUGAUAUAUAUUUUAAUUCAGUUUCAUAUUUUCACUGGUUAAAAUUGUUUCAUUGAAUUAUAAAAAUCGUAAAAUGGCCCCCAAGGCCGGGGUGGUGAUGAAACUGUUGAUGUCUGCAUGGCUUUGUUUCUGAGCACACUAUGAUAAUUGAUGUUGAGUAAAAAGUGUUAAAUUA